CAAAAACUGCCACCCAUACCAAAACCUUCAUAACUAAUUACACAACAUUCAUGCAAGUUGCUUCGGCGGCGACUCGAGCAGCUAUACGUAGUGGCAAUCAGCGUUGCUGGACCAAUGCCAGAUUUCUCACUGGUUUCCGCAAUCGGUUACCAAGUGUCAGUUUCUCUACGCGACUUCAUUUGGAACGAUCUUUGCAAAUAACGAUCAAAGUUACGCCAGUUGCAGUGCAACAAGCUAGGUACUCAACAUCAACGCAAGAAAAGGGCAUUGCAGACUUGAAAAAACAAGACUCUACCGAAAUUUUGGCUUCGUUUCGUACAGCUUUGGAAACUCAAUCUACUUCAACGUCGCAAAUAUAUGAACUUUUGCAAUCUCGAGAUUUACUUCAGCACCUUAGCGAAGAAGAUUUCGCAGCAUUUCGAUCAUAUCUAUGGAACAAAAAAGCAUGGGGAAGUGAAGAGAUGGUUGAGCAAGUACUUCAAGACCAAAAAAAGGCGGGUCACUCAUGGACGGUGCUGCAGUACAACGAAUACUACAUGUCAAUGUUAUUUCAAGCCAAGUACGACGCCAUUAUAUCCAAUUGGGAGAAGGAUUUUAGCGAAAGCGAUAUCAAGCCAACUAUUGCUACCAUCAAUUCUGUGUUAGCGGCGUAUAUACAACUUAAUCAAUUGGAUAGGGCCAGGGUUCUGCUUUCCCACUGUCAUGAAUGGGAUGUGACCCCCACAACGCAAGAUUUUCAAAGACUCGCCCAUCGCUGUUUACCACGAAAUACCAAGGUUGUGAAGGAAGCUCAAACUCUUAUUACUGAUAAUGCGUUGAAGGAUCCAAAGGCAAUGAACCGACAUUUACAAUCGCUGUUUCGAGCCAACAAGCUGACCGACGUUCAGAGAAUAUACACCCUCUUGACCAAAAGUCAAAAUGAAAUAGACAUAUCAACUUAUACUACGUUGCUGAAAGGCUACAUUGACAAGAGAAAAUACGACCAAGUGAGCUCAAUAUAUGGAGACAUAUGCAAGAGUGGCCUCCGUCUUAAUACGUAUGUAGCAUCAUUAAUGCUAGAAACGUAUGCAAUGCAGCGAGAUAAGGGUCAGCUGGCUACCAUUGUGCAAAGAAUACAAGCAGAAAAAGUAGCUUUGGAUAUAGCACUGUAUAAUCAGUUAAUCAAGUCAUUUCUAGCGACACGUCAGGUUCCUCAUGCGCUUGCGGUGUUUCAACAGCUACAGAAAGACCCUAAUGUACAAGUCAACGACGUUGUCCUUAACACCGUGAUCAAUGGCCUCCUCAACAAUCGUGAAACUGAUGCAGCGAAAAAAUUAUACACUCAGAUGCUUCAUUCCAAGAUUCAGCCAGAUAUGAUCACUUACAACACUUUGCUCAAAGGUCUGACCAAAGCCCGCGAUUUCUCAGGUGCCUUCACCGUCCUUUCCAAUUUAUAUGAGCGGUCUCUAGAACCUGAUGUUGUGACAUAUACGACACUUAUUGACGCCAUAUUUGAAAAUCUUAAUCCAACAUCUACCGAACAAAUACUAGGACUUUUCAACCACUCUGGAUCGAUGAAGCCAAAUAUUUUUACUUACAAUGUGCUGAUAAAUGGUUGGAUCCGGCAUAAUAAUAUGGCGGAAGCAGAACGUACCUUUAAGGAUCUACUUGCAUCAGGGGAGAUGCACCCUACGGUACAUACAUAUACUAAUAUUAUACAAGGAUAUGUUCAACAUGGAAAUCUCCCCAAAGCCAUGAAUACUUUCCGAAUGAUGCUUCAGAGUGGUAUACAACCAGGUAGAGCAACAUACCACUUCAUCAUUUCAGGACUGAUCGAUGAUGGCCGACUACCAGAUGCUGUCGAAUGUCUGAAGAAAAUGAGAGAGAAUGGAACAAUGCCUACAAAGGACACUUGGUUCAUGCUUCUGAAUGCUUGCGCAGAAGCUAAGCAAUGGCAACUUGGUGGGCAAAUUUUGAAGCAUCUGGAUGACAGCAAGUUUGAAGUGCGUAGUGAUGCUCUCCUCAAAGUAUACCGGCUCGUGCGUGGACAAUGCGAUAAUAGAAUUUGAUUUCGUUAUGUACAAUAAAAGUAGAACACCACAUUCGUUGUGUAAGCUGU